AUGGAUAUUAUAGAAGAGUCUAAUAAAUGUAAGGAAAAUAACAAAGGGAAUAUUAUUGUUUUAAAUUUUGGAACAACUGACAAAACAAAUGCGGUAACAAUUUUAGAAACAGCAUUAUAUCUUACUGAGAAGUAUAUAGGAAAAAUAAUAAAUACUUCGUAUAUGUACGAAACUGUCCCGGAGUAUGUUGUACUCGACAAAAGUGAUAUACCGAAAAAUAUAAGAGGAGAAGAUGAGCCUUAUGAUGUAAGUAGUUUAAACGAUUUGGUAAAGGGUCUUGAAAAGUCGAAAUAUGAGAAUGUUUUUCAAGAUGAAGAAAAUUUAGUUUCACAGUGUGAAGAAUAUGAAAGAUUUUUAAAUAAUAAAGAUUUAUUUGAAAAUAAAGUAAAACAGAUUAGUGCUGAAAAUUAUGAAACUGAAACUAGUAAUAUAAUAAAGGAAAAUGAUGAAAUAAUGAAAAUUAAUUUAGAAAAACAUAAAAAUAAAUACUACACGAGUUAUUUUUAUAAUUUAGUUGCAGUUUUUAAAUGUUUCAUUGAUGAUCCAUUAAACUUAUUAGUAAUAUUAAAAUAUAUAGAAUACCUAAUGAAAAGAAAAAAUUCUAAGGAGGUUGAAAAAUUUGAAAACCGAUUGAUAGACAUAGAUAUAUUAUUUUUUAAUAAUUAUACUAUUUUUGAAAAAAAUAUAAAUUUAACAACAAAUGAUUUAUAUGCAAUUAUGUGUAAAUAUAUCAAUAUAGAAUAUGACAAUAAUAGUAGUGAUAAUUGUAAUAAAUGGUCAAUAGCUAUUGAGCAAAUAAAGGAUAAUAUAAAAUUUCUUUCUAUUCCUCAUGUAUAUACAAAACAUAGAUAUAGUAUAUUGUUAUGUUUAAAUGAUGUUAUACCAAAUUAUAAGCAUAAUGUUUUAAAAGAAACAAUAAAUAAAUUAUAUGAAGAAUUUAUUACUAGCUUUUCAAAAUUAUAUAAUACAUGUAUCAAAAAAUAUAACAAGCGAUUAUAUGUUCUAAAAAAUGAAGUAUUGUAUUUAAAAGAAAAAACAAAUAUAGUUGGCAUAUUAAAUACCAAUUAUAAUUCUUUUUCGGAUGGUGGCUUAUUUGUUAAACCGAAUAUUGCUGUACACAGAAUGUUUCAAAUGAUAAAUGAAGGUGUAGAUAUUAUAGACAUAGGUGGUGAAUCCUCUGCUCCUUUUGUUUCUCAUAAUCCAGAAAUUAAAGAACGUGAUUUGGUAAUUCCUGUACUAGAAUUAUUUGAACAAGAGUGGAAUAAAAUGUUACAAAUUCGUGAAAAUGGAAUGGAGAAACAGAAGGAUAAAUUGAAUAAAAAUGACCUAUCUUUACAAAAAAAAACAUCAACUAUUUAUAAACCGCCUAUAAGUAUAGAUACCAUGAACUAUGAUUUAUUCAAAGAAUGUGUUGAAAAAAAUUUAGUUGAUAUACUUAAUGAUAUAAGUGCAUGUACAAAUGAUCCAAAAAUAAUUAAAUUAUUAAAGAAGAAAAAUAAAUAUUAUAGUGUUGUUUUAAUGCAUAAAAGAGGAAAUCCACAUACUAUGGAUAUGUUAACACAAUAUGAUGAUGUUGUAUAUGAUAUUAAAAAGUAUUUAGAGGAUAGAUUAAAUUUUUUAACUUUAAAUGGUAUACCUAGAUAUAGAAUUAUAUUAGAUAUAGGUUUAGGUUUUGCAAAGAAGCAUGAUCAAUCCAUUAAAUUAUUACAAAACAUUCAGGUUUACGAUGAUUAUCCUCUUUUUAUUGGAUAUUCAAGGAAGAGAUUUAUAUCUCAUACUUUGGAACAAACUUGCGCUGAAAUAUGUCCUAAUACUAUUGCUGAAAAUGAAAAUAUUCAAAAUGAUGAAUCUGGUAAAAACACGUUUACAGUUAGGAAUAUAAGAAAGGACAAAGAUCAGUAUCUUUAUCAAAAAAAUAUACUAGGUGGAUUAGCCAUUGCAUCAUAUUGCUUUGAUAAAAAAGUUGAAAUGAUAAGAGUUCAUGAUGUUUUUGAAACUAGAUGUGUUUUAGAUAUGAUGAAAAAAUUGCACCAAACGGAAUAA